AUGAAAUAAUUGGUAAUUGAAAACCAAGGCAUUUGUUUAGAAUCAUUUGAAGCCAAAUUCAACGAAAAAACCAUAAAAGGAAUCAUCAAGGAAAAAUCUGAGGCAAAAAACGAAUAUCAAGAAAAUAAAUAACAAGGUAAUUUUGUUUCAUAUGCUGAGACUUCUACAGAGAAAGAUCAAGAAUAUUGCAAAAUACUUUUAGGAAACUUGCCUCCAAGCCAGAAAGUAGAAAUUAAUCUUGUUUUUUCUUAAUAAAUUUCUAGUGUACUGAAUAAGUAUUUUAUCGCCUAAAUACCACUUCAAUACUGUGAGGAUGAAGUCUCUGCUAAACUAGGAAAAAAUGUUCUAACUUUAGAUUUAUUCUGCACUGGUAAAAUUACUUAUGCUGAAUCAAGAGGAUAUCCUGCUUAAAAAAAGGUGAUUGAUGAUAACACAAUUAAAUUUGAUUUGAGUCAAGCUCUUUAAUAAAAAGAUUUAGGUUUCUAACUUGUAUUUGCUUUCGAAGGCAUGUUUGAACCUCAAGUUAUUUUUGGAUAAAGCAAGAUUUACCACGAAGACUCAGUAAAAAGAGCUGUUCUUCCCGUGAGCAACUCUGUGAUGGUUUCUUUUAUUCCUAAUUUUAAUGAAGAAGUAACUAAAGAGUUAGAUGACGUUAUUAGAGCAGCUAUACAUAAAGGAGAUGAUGUUUUUAGUGAUGAAUUCUAGUAAAAAAUUAACUCAGAGGUAAUUGAUCACCUGAAUUCUUCAAGAAGUGAGUUUAUUUUCUUAUUAGAUAGGAGUCGAUCUAUGAGUGGAUAGCCUAUACAAAAGGCUUGUGAGGCUCUUAUUUUAUUCUUAAAGAGUCUCCCUAUAGAUAGCUACUUCAAUGUAGUCAGCUUUGGCUCUUCUUAUGAAAAGUUAUUUUAAUCUUCAAUCAAAUAUGAUACCAAUAGCCUAGAAAAAGCAAUCAAAAUAAUAAAAAAUUACACUGCUGAUUUAGGAGGAACCGAAAUAUAUAAACCUCUAUAAAGCGUUUUUAAGGAAACUAAAAUUGAUGGAUACAACAAAUAAAUAUUUUUGUUGACAGAUGGUGAAGUCAAAUCCCCCAAAGAAGUUGUAAAGUUGAUUAGAAAAAAUAAUAAACUUAACAGAAUCAACUCUAUUGGUUUUGGGUCAGGUGCAGAUAAGUAUUUAAUUGAGGAGAGUGCUAUUACUGGCAAAGGUAUUUCUAAGAUUGUAGAUCUUAAAUGUGAUUUGUCUGAAAUUAUCAUCGAAAUGCUCUCUGUUUGCUUAACUCCUACCCUCGAUAAGUUCCAAAUAAAUUAUGAUAACAAUAUUUUUGAAUCUACUUAUCCUUCUAUGACUAACUUUCCUUGCGUCUUUAAAGAUGAAGUACUAAAUAUUCAUUUCUUUUUCAAACCUACUUUAGACUGUUCAAGCUUGAAUGAAACAUAAAAGUAAAUUUCAAUAGAAUAUUUCGAUUCUAGUAAAAAAUAAAAAAUUUAGAAGUAAAUAAAGUUAGAAAUGUAAGAUAGUUUUGUAUGUAACCCAGGGCUAUAAUAAUCUGUAUUUAAAAUUGGAAAACAACUCUUUUUAAAUGAAAAUAUAAUGUAAGAAGACUAUAACAUAUCGUUAGUUUAGUAAUCAAUUGACUAUUAGCUUCUCACAGAAAAAACUGCUUCAAUCUGUGUAAUUAAAACUUUGAAUGAUGAAUAAAAAAUUAUGUAUGGAAAUAUACCUCAUAUUAAAUAGUAUACAAACUAUUAGUAAGAAGACAUAUUAGAAGAAAUGAAUAACAUUAUUAAUAGUGCAAACUAGAUUGAUUUGCAAAUUAAUAACAUUAUUAAUAGUGCAAACUAGAUUAGUUUGCAAAUUAAUUAAGAUUUAAAUAGUUAAAUAACGAAAUUAUCAAUGAUAAAUAUGGGAUCAUCAAUUUCUUUAAAAUAUAAUACAUCUUUAUAAAAUUCUUAAAAAUCCACAACAUCUUCAUCAAUAUUUACUAAAAUUAAGAAUUUUUUCACAUCUUCAAAAAAAUAUGAAAGCAAUCAGAAUUAUGAAUUUUUAUAAAUGUCUUAAAGUAGUAAUUAUUAAUUUGAUGAUCAUUUUAAAAAUACAUUACCUGAAAGAGAGUACUAGAAAGAAGAAAGCUAUCCUUCUAUCCCUCAGAUAGAAAAUUUGCUUAAUUUGGUAAAUUCUGAAGGUGCAUGGAAGUUUGAUGAAAAUUUAAUAAAACAAUAUUGCCAAUAAAAUUUGGACACAAUAAAGAAAUAUUCCUCUAAAUUUAAAUCUCAAGAUGGAUUUAUGACUUUGCUUAUUUUAAUUCUACUUGAAAUCUAUUAUGCUUAGCAUAAAUAAAAGUGGAUACUCAUUUCUAAAAAAUCAAAUAACUUUCUAAAAUCUUAGAUAAAUUAAUCUGAAGAUUUAAUUUAAACUAAAGAAAGUAUCAGAUAAUUAAUAUCUUAAUGA